CACAUUCAAGAUUCAACCCUGAUUAGUUACAGUGCGAUUAAUACGAAGUACUCCGUAGAGAAGACAAACAUGAAACUAUACGCCAAUAGCAAUAAGUCAACAUCUUCCCUUGGUCAAUCUUUACUUCAAUUCUAUUGCUCCACUUUUUCUGGGAAAUCGAUUUGUAAUUUCAUAACCAAACACUUUCGUCUCAAAUUCUUAGUAAUCUUCGCCUGAUUUUCAAUUCAUGAAAAAAAACACAAGGAAAAUGUGUCACAAAUUACGAUGGGUCCACUUGAAUAACAACUGAUUUUCCAGUCUUGGAAUUUCUAUACAUAAUGGACAAUCCUAGAUUCAUACUUUACCAGAAAUUAUACACUUUUUAGAGUCUGAGAAAGAGAAAGAGAAAGAGAAAGAGAAAGAGGAGAGAUAUAGAGAGAGAUGGAGAAGGCAAUGAAAAGGCAGAAAGUGCUUCUACAACACCUUAAUCCCACUGCUCUUCAACCCCUUGAUUCUGCUAUCUCUCCUUCAGUUUGCUCUUCUGGAGAUGGUGGGAUGUAUCAAAGAAAUGCUGCUUUCGGAGAUGAUGUUGUAAUUGUUGCUGCUUGCCGAACUGCAAUUUGUAAGGCGAAACGUGGUGGUUUCAAGGACACCCCUGCAGAUGAUUUACUUGCUCCUGUUCUAAAGGCAUUGAUAGAGAAGACAAAUGUAAACCCAUGUGAGGUAGGAGAUAUUGUGGUGGGUACAGUUUUGGCCCCAGGUUCUGUAAGAGCAAUGGAGUGUAGGAUGGCAGCAUUCUAUGCUGGUUUUCCAGACACAGUGCCCAUCAGAACUGUUAACAGGCAGUGUUCAUCUGGUCUUCAAGCAGUUGCUGAUGUUGCUGCCUGCAUUAAGGCAGGAUUUUAUGACAUAGGAAUAGGCGCUGGAGUAGAGUCAAUGACGAUUGAUCGUGUUGAUAGGCCUCGUCAAGUUAGCCCAAAGGUAGAAAACUUCCCGCAAGCAAGAGAUUGUCUUCUUCCUAUGGGAAUAACCUCAGAGAAUGUCGCACAAAAUUAUGGUGUGACACGGCAAGAACAAGACCAGGCGGCGGUGGAAUCUCAUAGAAGAGCUGCAGCAGCCAUGGCAUCUGGAAAAUUCAUAGAAGAGAUUGUUCCAGUUUCAACCAAGAUUGUGGAUCCAAUAUCCGGAGAGGAAAAAUCUGUAACAAUUUCUCUUGAUGAUGGUAUUCGGCCAAGCUCUAACAUGGUAGAUUUGGCAAAGCUGAAGCCUGCUUUUAAAAAGGAUGGCACCUCAACAGCUGGUAAUUCUAGCCAGGUGAGUGAUGGGGCUGGAGCAGUUCUACUCAUGAAGAGGAGUUUAGCAAUGAAGAAAGGGCUUCCAAUUCUUGGUGUAUUUAGGAGCUUUGCUGCUGUUGGUGUGGAUCCUGCUGUUAUGGGGAUUGGCCCAGCUUUUGCCAUUCCUGCUGCUGUGAAAUCUGCUGGGCUGAAGUUGGACAAUAUUGAUCUGUUUGAAAUAAAUGAGGCCUUUGCAUCGCAAUAUGUUUACUGUGGUAAAAAGCUGAACCUUGAUCCAGCCAAAGUUAAUGUUAAUGGAGGAGCUAUAGCCCUUGGACAUCCUUUGGGAGCUACAGGUGCCCGGUGUGUGGCUACGUUACUGAAUGAAAUGAAACGGCGAGGAAGAAAUUGCCGAUUUGGAGUCAUUUCCAUGUGUAUAGGCAGUGGCAUGGGUGCUGCAGCUGUUUUUGAAAGAGGUGAUCAUGCAGACGGAUUAACUAACUAAUGUGUUUACUCAGAUCAACAAUUAGGAAAUUGUUUAAGCAAACAUAAAACCUUUUUCAUUGUAUCCACAAGUUCUAAACAAUUGUUGUAUCCAAGAGUAGUCUUAUUUUUAAAUGUACUAAUGGGACGGAAAAGGUACUAGUCUUGAAUUUAAAUUUUAAGAAGAAAGACGAGUAGACACCAA